UGUUGCUCAAUAUAUCAAGAAAGUUGCUGAAUUGGCAACAAUGGGGCGACUAUUGUUAACUGUAAAUGUACAGACAUGACCUGGUCGGCCGGUUUGUCAGUUAAACCACCUCUGAGACACAACCAUAUGGACUUAAUGCGAUCUGCAUGAUAUAAACCCUGAAUAUCAAGAAAGUCCAUCCGUUUUAAUGCUUCUGCAGCAGAAACAAUUGGCUGCAAACCAAUCCUCUGACAGGAAUCUGGCCAUACUUGAAUCAAACAUUUCCUUGAUGGGUGGAACCAUUUACAACAAACUGACAGUUAAAGUCAGCCGUUACUCAGUAAGGAAGUUCAGUCAUUAAUCAGGUGUGGAGAGACUCGCAGAGGAGUUGAGAUGGAUAAAAUCUGCUGUUCCAUCUGUUUGGAUCUACUGAAGGAUCCAGUGACUAUUUGCUGUGGACACAACUACUGCAUGAACUGUAUUGAAGAGCUCUGGGACAGAGAAGAUGAGAGGGAAAUCCACAGCUGCCCUCAGUGCAGACAAACCUCAACACCGAGGCCUCUCCUGGAGAAAAACACCAUGUUAGAAGAGUUUGUGGCGCAUCAGAAGAAGACUGGCCCCCAAGCUGGACCGGCUGAUCACUGCUAUGCUGGACCUGAAUCUGUGGCCUGCGAUGUCUGCACUGGGAGGAAGAUGAAAGCUGUCAAGUCCUGUCUGGUCUGUUUAGUUUCCUACUGUAAGAACCACCUCCAACCUCAUUAUGAUGUCCCUGGAUUGAAGAAACACAAGCUGGUGGAGCCGUCCGAGAACCUAAAGGAGAACAUCUGCUCUCGUCAUGAUGAGGUGAUGAAGAUCUUCUGUCGUACUGAUCAGCAGUGUAUCUGUUAUCUCUGCUUAAUGGAUGAACAUAAAGGCCAUGAAACAGUCCCAGCUGCAGCAGAAAGGACUGAGAAGCAGAAGGAACUCCAGGAGAGUCGACAAGAAAUCCAUCAGAGAAUCCAGGACCAAGAGAAAGAUGUGAAGCUGCUUCAACAGGAGGUGGAGGCCAUCAAUGUCUCUGCUGAUAAAGCAGUAGAUUACAGUGAGAAGUUCUUCACUGGGAUGAUCCGUCUCCUCCAGAAAAGAAGCUCUGAGGUGAAGCAGCAGAUCAGAUCCCAGCAGGAAACUGAGGUCAGUCGAGUCGGAGAUCUUCAGGAGAAGCUGGAGCAGGGGAUCAGUGAGCUGAAGAGGAAAGACGCUGAGCUGGAGCAGCUCUCACACACAGAGGAUCACARCCAGUUUCUCCUCAACUACCCCUCACUGCCAGCACUCAGKGAGUCKAMACMYUCAUCCAGCAUCAACAUCCGUCCUCUGAGACACUUUGAGGACGUGACAGCAGCUGUGUCAGAGCUCAGAGACAAACUACAGGACGUCCUGAGAAACUCAUGGACAAACAUCUCCCUGAUGGUCACUGAGGUGGAUGUUCUACUGUCAGGACCAGAACCAAAGACGAGAGCUGAGUUCUUUAAAUAUUCACGAGAAAUCACUCUGGAUCCAAACACAGCAAACAUGAAAUUGUUUUUAUCUGAGGGGAACCAAAAAGUAACGUUAAUGAAACAACAACAGUUUUAUCCUGAUCAUCCGGACAGAUUCACUGGUUGUUUUUAUCAGGUGCUGAGCAGAGAGAGUCUGACUGGACGUUGUUACUGGGAGGUGGAGUGGAGCGGGAAAGCAGUUCAUGUAGCAGUUUCAUACCAGAACACAAGCAGAAAUGGAGGAUUUGGAUUUAAUAACAAAUCCUGGUCAUUAGACUGCCGGACAAACAGUUACACAUUUUAUCACCACAGCAAUCAAACUCCAAUACCAGGUCCAGUUUCCUCCAGGGUCGGAGUGUACCUGGAUCACAGUGCAGGUGUUCUGUCCUUCUACAGCGUCUGUGAAACCAUGACUCUAAUUCACAGAGUCCAGACCACAUUCACUCGGCCUCUACAUGCUGGGAUUCAGUUUUUAAAAUAUGGAGACUCUGCUGAGUUCCUAUAUCUGAAGUAGUCAGCAGCGAUCUGAGGCCCCGGUGGUUAAAAUGCAUGUUUCAGUUUCUUUAGUCUCCAUCAUUGUUGUCAUUUCUUCACUGUUAAGAGGUCAGCUGCCUUUAUGGAUCUUAUUUGUUGUUUUGUUGGAAUUUGUUUGGGUGCUGCCCCAUCCUGUUUCUGUUCAGCCAUGGCAGCUACCACCACUCAGGAGUGUUUGGUUCACCUAAGAUAAUUACAUUGUCACACCAAACAUUGUUAUUCAAAUCCGUGUGCAGAUGAGCUGAUGGAAACUGUAAAUAUCAUCAUCAUCAAACUGAAUGAAGUUGAUUUUUACAUGAACUCAAAUAAUUCCAUCUUUCUGCAUAUUUUAUUGUUUUAAUGUUUCAGUGUGAAGUUUUGACGGGUGACUGGAUUCUAAUAGUUGUUUUCAGGAUUGACUGGAUUAUUUUUGUCUCAAAUGUCUUCAGUGUAUGAAAUCAUUUCUCUAAUAAAAUUGAAUUCAAGCCAAUAUCGAAUUACUUUUUCAGUUUGUGUUUAUUUUUAUACAAAAAAUGAA